AUGGAGCGCACUUGCCGUGUUUGCCGUUGUGAGGGAACACCGUCUCAACCAUUAUUUCAUCCUUGUAAAUGUCGAGGUUCAAUCAAGUAUAUCCAUCAAGAGUGUCUACAAUUUUGGCUUGAUCAUUCCCAUAAGGACUCCUGUGAUAUCUGUAAUUCCAAAUUCCACUUCAAAACAAUCUAUGAUGAACCGGUUCCCUCGAGAAUCCCAUUUAAGUUGUUGUUGCGUACAGUUUUAAAAAGUUUCAUAAAGUGGCAAUAUAUAGUGGUCAAAUAUUCGUUGAUGCUGGCAUGUGCAGCCUUUGAAUUCCCACUGGUUAUAUCUGCAGUCGAUCAAAUAAUAAAUUGGCAGUUAGGUGUUCCCAUUCCAGAAAACGCCAGAGCUUCUUUAAUUUUUGGAGAUUUGGCCAAGCCUUCAAUCAUAGGCUUUUUGGGAUCAUUAAAAAGUGGCACAGUUAUUGCUCUUACAUAUGCAGUGAUACUUAUUGGUAUGGUCAUGAUUCAAAAUUCAUUUGUUGGUGAUGAGGGUUUCCAAAAAAUCAUCAAUAAAAAAAUCGGUAUGGAGCCAAAAAGGUUCAAAUUGGAAAAAUUACUGGAGCAACAUAGAAAGAGAGAGAUGGAGAGAUUAAAGAGACAAGAAACUAUUCAUAGGUUGCUGGAACUAUCAUAUGCUCAACAGGGAAUAUCCGAUGGUCAACCUCUGACCGCCAGUGACCUGCAAAGGAUGAGAGACUAUUGCAUCGAGAAGGUUCAUGAAUUCAGUGGUUCUCAUGAGUUUGACAGUGAUUCAUUCCUAGAAUUGUUGCCUUUUUUGGAAAAUUUUAACCCUGUCCAAGUUCCUCCAUCAAUGGAUGAAGUUUCUCAGUUUAAAAUGAUCGACAGAAAAAUCCGAAUGGCAGAGAUCAACAGAGAAACCGGAAUAAGUGACGCAGACGAAGACUUUGAUUCCAUUGUUGCUGAUCUGGCUGAUGCUGUAAGAAGUGAUACUAAUGCAGGUGCUCCUGCUCCGAGAUUGAGAGCUGAACGGCCUGAACAUCCUUUCCGUGCAAAUGAGGCGUUGAUGGAUGUUGGUGUGCGAGAAUUUCAGGCAAACAACCAGCAGCAGGUUGAUGUGGAACCUCUGGCGGAGCAAGGCAUUUGGGAUGGUCCAAAGAAUAUCACAUUUAUUUUUCAAUUGACCAUUUUGUCUAAUUUGGUAGCAAUUAUUGUCUUGGUUGCGUUCAAGCUGAUUCCUUCAUACGUUGGCCUAUUUUUUCUAUCCUCAAUCCACUAUCUUUGCAAACCAGUUGUUACUGCGAUUCACAAUUAUGUCUAUCCUCAUAUUCACUUGAGAUUGGAUUACAAAUUUCCACUAGUGGUUGAUCUUUUUGUUGCCUUCAUAACAAGAAAUACUAAAAAAAUGGUAUUGGCUUACGAAAACUCGAUAAAUUUUACUCCAACAUCAUCCACAUUGGAACGUUUGCUGGUACAAUUUUCUGGGUUUGCCUUUUUUGGUAUCCUGAUUGCACUUGUUAUGAAGAAAAUGGAAAAUAGUUGUACUGAAAAUAAUCCUUUAGAUGGUCCUUACCGAUUCAUAUAUAUUGUUUUACUACAAAUAGUCUCCGUUGUUAAGGUUCUGGUUUUGAUUGCAAUUGAGUGGGCAUUGUUCCCUUUGUUCUGUGGCACCCAAAUCGAAUUUGCACUGGCACCUAUUUUUAAUGCUGAUAUCUACAACUAUAAGCUAGAACCGCCACUUUUAGGAUUUAACAUUUUUGGAUUGCUACCAACCUGGAUAUUAGGCACAUUCUUCAUGUAUUUUUUUGCGUCCUUUGUUUCGAUGAUUCGGGCUAAAAUUCUAAGAACAGGCGUUUUAUUCUUCAUUAGGCCGUCUGAUGACCCAAAUAUUCAGCUUGUCCAUGAUGCCUUAAUGAGGCCUUUUGGUUUGCGUGUAUCGAGAAUUGCCUUAUCUGGCGCAGUAUAUGCAAUAUAUAUUCACUUGGAAUUCUCAUUAGUGGCUUGGCUUUUGAGGGUUUGGACACCGAUCUUACCAUUUAGAAACAACACUUUCAUUGAUAGACUGACAUUUGCUUCCAUGUUUGUUGUUUGUGGAUUUAUGGAAAAGUUUUUCUUUAAGUAUUGGUUGUUCACUUUUAAGUGGGCUUGCUCAAAGCUUAGAAUAUCAUCAUUCAUGCUCAACGAAGAUAACCCUGAGGAGCGGGGCAGAAUUGUCUAUAAGACAUUUUUUGCAAGGUUGUCGAAUCCUAAACCCGAUUAUUCCAAGCCUACCAUGGAUCCAAGGAAAUAUUUUGAAGAAAAUCCGAAUCAAUUGGCCUGUUUUGUACCUGAUGGUAAUUACAUUCGUGCACCUGAUGAUGAUCAUGUCUCAAGGAAGUUUGUUAAAACGUUGUUUGUGCCAGUUACAAAGUCUGAUCAGUUAUUGGAGCCAAUUCCUGAAGUUGAAGAUGACGAGGAAAAAUUCAAUCCUUACGGUGAUGUAGAUCCAUUAGAUGCAACUACUUAUACUAUUGUCUAUCGUCCGCCACACUUCAAACAGAGAGUCUAUUUAUUCUUUGGUGUGCUAUGGGUAAGCUCUAUGAUUUUCACAAUGGGCUUAUACAUUUCAAAUAUCGCGAUUGGCAAAACAAUUGUCUCUCUAACUAUCGGAAGGUUGCUAGACUUAGGACCCUGGUAUACUGUGGACGCAUAUAGCAUUUCGUUAACAAUGCUUGUGUUGUCUCAAUUACAUCAUUUACAGAGCCACGAUUGGAAACAAUGGAAGCAGCAUAUAAUUGCAAGAAUUAACGCACUCAGAGAUAAUAGAGUAGUCGUUUCUUCUUUGGAGCUUUUUAAAACCCAGUUUGUCUUGGUAAUUGGUUUAGUUUUAGGUUCGUAUCCUAUUAUUGGCCUAUCGAUUAUCCACGAUAACCUUCCAUCCUUGACUUGGUUAGUGGCGUUAUCAAUGCUCCCGACUUUAGUCUCAUAUUGGAAGAAUGACCGAUCUAAUAUUAAUAAAUUAUUCUACUCAUCGCUAACGAUUUUCUUUAUCCGGUUGGGAUUUUUACACUUGCAGAUGAAAUAUAUUGAUGGUUUUGGUAAUGUUAUUGAUCGGAUAUCUAAUGCAGUAACCGUGCAGGAGAUUAUAAAUAUAGCAAAAAGUUCCAAGCUCAUUCCCGAUGGUUUCCUUACACAUGCUUUAUUAUUAAAGCUAUUCCCAUCAUCAUCUUAUACUUGGUUAUUAACACCAAGAGAGUUUUUGAGUGCCGAGACGUACAUUUAUUUUAUGAUAUGGACGUCAGUUUCUUUCUAUAUCACCUUUGGUUACAUCUCAAAAAUGUACAAAGAUUUUGCAGAAAAGACCAAGGAAACAUAUUAUAAAAACCAAAAGAUUUUGUCUAAUGCUGAUGAAGAUUAG